AGAUGUUUGAGAACCACAGGUGGCACCCACAAGUGGGCAAGCAGACAUCCAUGGGCAGUGGUGGCAGGUAGCGAGUAGCAAGUGGGUGCCCCCAGGCAAUGAGCCACAAAAUAACUUCACAGAGCUGCAUGCAGCUCCCAAGCCUCAGUUUGGCCACUGAUGCAUGUACUCACCAUAAUGAUUUCUUCUUUCAACUAAUGGCCACAGCCUCCCAUCAUGAGCAUGAGUGUUCUUUCAGACAUUUAUAGGGUGUUAAAGCUAUGUGAUCAGACUUCUUUUAUUUGGAAGCAGCUUCCUAUACUCCAUUGCAGUGUGAUGUAAUUUAGGGAGUUGGUGUAAACUGGAACCCCAGUUGCAGCUGUGUACUUGUUACAUGGUUCUCUGGAUUAUGACUUCUGUUUUGAAAAUGAGGUCCAGAUAUACUAUUUGCCUGUCUCGCUGUGCUUUUACUUCAUUUUGAAGUAAAUGAACUACUUCAAAACCUCCUGAACUGUGAAUAAAUUUAUGUGCCCAGAAGCAGGAGUGUGUUUGUUUCAUUUUUGAAGCAGAAGCAUUGACAUCUUAUUGACACCGCUACAAUUUGUAUUCACUUAGAAUUUACUGGAAGAUAGUAUUUUCUAUGAUAAUUUUAAACAAAACUUGUCCAUUUUAUAAAAAACAACUUGAAGUUAUCAGUAACAAAUGGUUUAAUGUGGGCAUAUAUUCAGUAAAAAUGUUUCAAUUUUUUCACCUAGAAAAUGAAAUAGUUUUUCCAGUCGGUCAAGCAUUGUCUUGGAGUUCACAAUACAUUUCUUGCAACACAUGAACCAAAACCAAUAUUUAUUCUUUAUUUGCUUUAGGUCCUGGGGUAGCCCAGAAUGGCUGCAGUGUCAUAUGAUCAGUUGUUAAAACAAGUAGAGGCAUUAAAAAUGGAGAACUCAAACCUUCGACAAGAACUGGAAGAUAAUUCAAAUCAUCUUACCAAACUGGAAACUGAAGCAUCAAAUAUGAAGGAGGUGCUGAAGCAACUGCAAGGAAGUAUUGAAGAUGAGGCAAUGGCUUCAUCUGGACAGAUUGAUUUGUUGGAACGUCUUAAAGAAUUGAACUUGGACAGCAAUAACUUCCCUGGAGUGAAGUUAAGGCCAAAGAUAUCCAUGCGUUCAUAUGGGAGCCGGGAAGGAUCAGUUUCUAGUCGAUCAGGAGAGUGCAGCCCUAUCCCCAUGGGGUCAUUUCCCCGAAGAGGUUUUAUGAAUGGAAGCAGAGAGAGCACUGGAUAUCUGGAAGAAUUAGAGAAAGAGAGAUCUCUCUUGCUUGCUGAGCUUGAAAAAGAAGAAAAAGAAAAAGACUGGUAUUAUGCUCAACUUCAGAAUCUGACAAAGAGGAUAGACAGUCUUCCUCUUACCGAAAAUUUCUCCUUACAGACAGAUAUGACCAGAAGACAACUGGAGUAUGAGGCAAGACAGAUUAGGGCUGCCAUGGAAGAACAGCUAGGUACUUGCCAGGACAUGGAGAAGAGGGCACAGGUGAGAGUGGCUAGAAUUCAACAAAUUGAGAAAGAUAUUCUACGCAUAAGACAAGUCCUGCAGUCACAAGUUGCAGAAACAGAGAGGACACCUCCAAGCAAGCAUGAUGCAGGCUCGCAUGAAGCUGAGAGGCAAAAUGAAGGUCAAGGAGCAGCAGAAAUCAGUGUGGCAACUGCUGGCAGUAGCCAGAGUUCAGCUGCUCGGAUGGACCAUGAGACAUCCAGUGUUAUGAGUUCUAACAGUAGUUACUCUGUUCCUCGAAGAUUGACAAGUCACCUGGGUACCAAGGUUGAAAUGGUAUAUUCGUUGUUGUCGAUGUUGGGUACUCAUGAUAAAGAUGACAUGUCACGGACUUUGCUAGCCAUGUCUAGCUCCCAGGAUAGCUGCAUAGCCAUGCGUCAGUCUGGAUGUCUUCCUCUCCUCAUCCAACUUCUACAUGGCAACGAUAAAGACUCUGUUUUGUUGGGAAACUCCCGAGGCAGUAAAGAAGCCCGUGCCAGAGCCAGUGCAGCACUGCAUAAUAUCAUUCAUUCCCAGCCUGAUGAUAAGCGAGGCAGGCGAGAAAUACGUGUCCUCCAUCUUUUAGAACAAAUCCGAGCUUACUGUGAAACAUGUUGGGAAUGGCAAGAAGCACAUGAUCAGGGCAUGGACCAGGACAAAAAUCCAAUGCCAGCUCCAGUUGACCAUCAGAUCUGUCCUGCAGUAUGUGUGCUAAUGAAGCUUUCAUUUGAUGAAGAGCACAGGCAUGCAAUGAAUGAGCUCGGGGGAUUGCAAGCAAUUGCAGAAUUGCUGCAGGUGGACUGUGAAAUGUAUGGGCUUACUAAUGACCACUAUAGUGUCACAUUACGACGAUAUGCUGGAAUGGCUCUGACAAAUUUAACUUUUGGAGAUGUAGCAAAUAAGGCCACACUGUGUUCUAUGAAGGGUUGCAUGAGAGCUCUUGUAGCCCAGUUGAAAUCUGAAAGUGAAGAUUUGCAGCAGGUAAUUGCAAGUGUAUUGAGAAAUUUGUCUUGGCGAGCAGAUGUGAACAGUAAGAAGACAUUACGUGAGGUUGGAAGUGUGAAAGCCUUGAUGGAGUGUGCUUUGGAAGUUAAAAAGGAAUCUACCCUAAAAAGUGUGUUGAGUGCCUUAUGGAAUUUGUCAGCACAUUGCACUGAAAAUAAAGCUGAUAUUUGUGCUGUGGAUGGUGCUCUUGCCUUUUUAGUUGGCACACUGACUUACCGGAGCCAAACAAAUACUUUAGCCAUCAUUGAAAGUGGAGGUGGAAUCCUGCGUAAUGUCUCUAGCUUGAUUGCUACAAAUGAAGACCAUAGGCAAAUCCUAAGAGAGAGCAGCUGUUUGCAAACCCUGUUACAUCACUUGAAGUCUCACAGCUUAACAAUAGUCAGUAAUGCCUGUGGAACACUGUGGAACCUCUCUGCACGAAAUGCAAAGGACCAGGAAGCAUUGUGGGACAUGGGAGCAGUUAGCAUGCUCAAAAAUCUCAUACAUUCAAAGCACAAAAUGAUAGCCAUGGGCAGUGCAGCAGCUCUGAGGAACCUAAUGGCAAACAGACCUGCAAAAUAUAAGGAUGCCAACAUCAUGUCUCCAGGUUCAAGCUUGCCAUCUCUUCAUGUCAGAAAACAAAAAGCAUUGGAAGCAGAGUUAGAUGCUCAACAUUUAUCUGAGACUUUUGACAACAUCGAUAACUUAAGUCCUAAAACAUCUCACCGUAAUAAGCAAAGACAUAAACAGAACCUGUACAGUGAAUAUGUUUUAGAUGGUAAUCGACAUGAAGAUGGAGUAUGCAGGUCAGAGAAUUUUAAUAGUAGUAACAUGACUGUGCUUUCACCAUAUUUAAACAAUACAAUGUUGCCUGGCUCCUCUUCUUCAAGCAGAGGUAAUAUAGAGAGUUCUCGGUCAGAAAAGGACAGAAGCUUGGACAGAGAGCGUGCAAUAGGAUUAAGCAAUUAUCAUUCAGGAACAGAAAGUUCUGGGAACUCUUCUAAACGAAUAGGAAUGCAGAUUUCUACAGCUUCGGCCCAAAUUUCUAAAGUAAUGGAAGAAGUAACCAGUAUGCAUAUUCCACAAGAAGAGAGAAGUAAUGGAUCUCUAACCGAAAUGCACUGUUUGUCAGAUGACAGGAAUGCUUUAAGAAGAACAUCCACUGCCCAUUCGCACACAAAUACUUACAACUUUGCUAAAUCUGAGAACAGGACGUGUCCUGUACCUUAUGCAAAAGUGGAGUAUAAGAGAGCUUCUAAUGAUAGCUUAAACAGUGUGAGUAGUAGUGAUGGUUAUGGUAAAAGAGGGCAAAUGAAGCCUAUUGAAUCCUAUUCUGAAGAUGAAGAAAGCAAAUUUUGCAGUUAUGGACAGUAUCCUGCUGAUUUAGCCCAUAAAAUACAUAGUGCUAAUCAUAUGGAUGACAAUGAUGGAGAACUAGAUACUCCAAUAAACUAUAGUCUAAAAUAUUCAGAUGAGCAAUUAAAUUCUGGAAGGCAAAGUCCCUCUCAGAAUGAAAGAUGGGCAAGACCCAAACAUAUAAUAGAAGACGAAAUAAAGCAGAAUGAACAAAGGCAAUCCAGAAGCCAAAGUGGAGCAUAUACUGUAUAUACUGAAAGUGGUGAUAAUAAACACAUGACCUACCAGGCAGCUUUUGGACAGCCAGAAUGUGUCUCUCCUUUCAGAUCAAGAGAAUCCAACAAUUCAGAACAAGGCAGAGUAGGCUGCAGUCAUGGAAUAAAUCCAAAAGUGAACCAGUCUUUAUGUCAAGUUGAUGAUUAUGAGGAUGAUAAACCUACUAAUUACAGUGAGCGUUACUCAGAGGAGGAACAGCAUGAGGAAGAAGAUCAUCCAACUAACUAUAGCAUAAAAUACAAUGAAGAGGAGCAACAUGUGGAUCAGCCAAUUGAUUACAGCCUCAAAUAUUCAACAGAUGUUCCUCCUCCUGCACAGAAACCAUCUUUUUCUUUUUCAAAAAGUCCAUCAGUACAGAGCACUAAAACAGAUCAUAUUUCAUCAAGUAGUGGAAAUACAUCAACUUCAGCUGGCUCCAAGAGACAUAACCAACUUCAUCCAAAUUCUGCUCAGAAUAGAACAAGCCAUACUCAGAAGUCUGCAUCCUGCAAAUCACCCUCAAUUAACCAGGAAACAAUCCAAACCUAUUGUGUGGAAGAUACACCAAUAUGCUUUUCAAGAUGUAGCUCUCUGUCAUCUUUGUCAUCAGCUGAAGAUGAAACGGGACGUGAUCAAGCUACACGUGUAGCAGAUACUGAUAAUUCUCUAAAGAUAGUGGGAAUGAAAGAAAAUAGUGGGACUGCAGCUGGAACAGUAAAUGAAACAUCAACCUCUCAGCACGUUAGAACAAAAUCAAACAGGCUUCAGACUUCUACUUUAUCUCCUUCUGAUUCAGUAAGACAUAAAGCUGUUGAGCUUUCUUCAGGCGCUAAAUCUCCUUCAAAAAGUGGUGCUCAGACUCCUAAGAGCCCACCAGAACAUUAUGUGCAGGAGACCCCACUCAUGUUUAGUAGGUGCACCUCAGUAAGUUCCUUGGAUAGUUUUGAGAGUCGUUCAAUUGCUAGCUCAGUUCAGAGUGAACCUUGCAGUGGGAUGGUUAGUGGCAUUAUAAGCCCAAGUGACCUUCCAGAUAGUCCUGGGCAAACAAUGCCACCAAGCAGAAGUAAAACUCCACCCCCUGCACAAGUGGCACAAGUAAAGAGAGAAGUAGCCAAAACUAAAAUACCCAAUACUGAAAAACGAGAAUCUGGACCAAGACAAACUGCUGUAAAUACAGCAGUCCAGAGAGUACAGGUAUUGCAGGAUGCAGACACCUUGUUACAUUUUGCUACAGAAAGUACGCCUGAUGGGUUUUCUUGUUCAUCAAGCCUAAGCGCUUUGAGUCUUGAUGAACCAUUUAUUCAGAAAGAUGUUGAGUUGAGAAUAAUGCCUCCUGUACAUGAAAAUGACCAUGGGAAUGAAGCAGAACAGCCAAACAGUACAAAGGAUAAUCAAGAGAAGACAGAAAAGCCCACAGAAACAGAAAAAGAUAUACUAGAUGAUUCAGAUGAAGAUGAUAUUGAAAUAUUGGAGGAAUGCAUUAUUUCUGCGAUGCCAACGAAAUCAUCACGUAAAGCCAAAAAGCCUUCACAGAUAACAGCUUCAAAAAUACCUCCACCUGUAGCCAGGAAACCAAGCCAGCUGCCUGUAUAUAAGCUGCUCCCAUCCCAGAACAGAUCACAUUCUCAGAAGCAUGUUAGUUUUACACCUGGAGAUGAUAUGCCACGUGUUUAUUGUGUGGAGGGAACACCAAUAAAUUUCUCAACAGCUACAUCUCUGAGUGAUCUCACAAUUGAAUCACCACCAAAUGAAUUGGUCAGUACAGAAGCUGCUGUUACAGGAACAGAAUCAGCUGAAUUUGAAAAGAGAGAUACCAUUCCCACAGAAGGCAGAAGUACCGAUGACACUCAUGGGAAAAGUUCAACUGGGACUACCGUUGGGUUGGAUGAUGACAAAGGAGAAGAAGGUGAUGAUAUUCUUGCUGAAUGUAUUAAUUCUGCUAUGCCUAAAGGGAAAAGCCAUAAGCCUUUCAGAGUGAAAAAGAUAAUGGAUCAAAUCCAGCAAGCAUCUACAUCCUCAUCAGUAAAUACUAAAAAUCAGCUGGAAGCUGAGAAAAAGAAACCAACCUCACCAGUAAAACCCAUGCCCCAAAGUAAUGAAUACAGAGCACGGUUACGAAAAGCUACAGAACCAAAAAGUAAUUUUAGUAGUGAACGAACCCAUACAGACAACAAAGAUACAAAGAAACAAAAUGUUAAAAAUAACUCAAGGGACUUUAAUGAUAAACUUCCAAAUAAUGAAGAGCGUACAAGAGGAAGCUUCACAUUUGAUUCUCCCCACCAUUACACUCCAAUUGAAGGAACUCCAUAUUGUUUUUCAAGAAACGACUCUUUGAGCUCUUUAGACUUCGAUGAUGAUGUGGAUCUUUCGAGGGAGAAGGCAGAACUCAGAAAGGGGAAAGAAAGUGAAAUGAAAUCCAGUGCUAAUACAGAACAGAUCUCAAACCAACAAUCAGAGAACAGAACACAAGCUUGCCAAAAACACACUGCAGCAGGAAGAAAUCAAUCAAAACAUCUGGUGCAGAAACAGGCCCCUUUCUCUCAGUCACCCAAAGAUAUUGCAGAUAGGAGUGCAGCUGCAGAUGAAAAAACACAAAAUUUUGCGAUAGAAAAUACUCCUGUUUGCUUUUCCCGUAAUUCUUCUCUGAGUUCUCUCAGUGAUAUUGAUCAAGAAAACAACAACAAAGAAAGUGAACCCGUAGAACAAAUAGAACCAUCUGAUGCAGAGAUAGAAUCAAAUAGGCCACAGGUUUCUGGCUAUGCUCCUAAAUCAUUUCAUGUUGAAGAUACUCCUGUAUGUUUUUCAAGGAACAGUUCCCUCAGUUCUCUCAGUAUUGACUCGGAGGAUGAUCUUUUGCAGGAAUGUAUUAGUUCUGCUAUGCCUAAAAAGAAAAAGCCUUCAAGAGCGAAGGGGGACAGUGAAAAAAAUAGCUCUAGAAAUAUGGGAGGCAUUUUGGCAGAAGAUCUGACACUAGAUCUGAAAGAUAUACAAAGGCCUGAUUCAGAGCAUGGUUUCUCACCAGAUUCAGAGAAUUUUGACUGGAAAGCUAUUCAAGAAGGUGCAAAUUCUAUAGUUAGCAGCUUGCAUCAAGCUGCUGCUGCAGCAUCCCUAUCUAGGCAAGCUUCAUCAGACUCUGAUUCAAUUCUUUCAUUAAAAUCUGGAAUUUCUUUAGGAUCACCUUUUCAUCUUACACCAGACCAAGAAGAAAAACCUUUUACUAGUAAUAAGGGUCCAAGAAUUAUUAAACCAGGUGAAAAGGGGACACUGGAAAGUAAGAAAGUAGAUUCUGAAAAUAAAAGUAUCAAAGGAGGAAAGAAAGUAUAUAAAAGUAUGAUUACAGGUAAAGCACGUUCUAAUUCUGAACUUACAAGUCAUUUGAAACAGCCUUUGCAGACAAAUAUGCCCUCAAUCUCUCGAGGAAGAACAAUGAUUCAUAUUCCUGGAGUUCGAAAUAGUUCUUCAAGUACUAGUCCAGUUUCUAAAAAAGGGCCCCAGCUAAAGAGUACAGCUUCUAAAAGCCCCAAUGAAGGCCAGAGUUCUACUAGUUCUCCUAGAGUAACCAAACCAUCUGUGAAAUCUGAACCAAACCCUCUAUCCAGGCAGCCAUCUCAACAGGGUGCAUCAAGUAAAGGACCUUCUAGGUCAGGAUCUAGAGAUUCUACACCUUCUAGACCACAACAGCAACCCUUAACCAGGCCUCUGCAAUCACCUGGCCGAAAUUCAAUUUCUCCAGGCAGAAAUGGCAUAAGUCCUCCUAAUAAACUCUCCCAGCUGCCAAGAACAUCAUCUCCAAGUACAGCUUCCACCAAGUCUUCAGGUUCAGGAAGAAUGACGUACACAUCCCCAGGCAGACAGAUGGGUCAGCAAACUAUGGCAAAACAAACAGGACUGCCUAAAAGUACUAGUGGCAUUCCUAGAAGUGAAUCUGCCUCAAAAGGUUUAAAUCAAGUUUCUGGUAUCAGUGGAUCAAACAAAAAGGCUGAAUUAUCUAGAAUGUCAUCAGCCAAGUCCAGUGGGAGUGAAUCUGACCGAUCAGAGAGACCUGUUCUAGUCCGUCAGUCGACUUUUAUUAAGGAAACUCCAAGUCCUACUCUAAGAAGGAAAUUAGAAGAGUCUGCAUCAUUUGAAUCUUUAUCCCCUUCUAGACCAGACUCUCCCACUCAGUCACAAACACAGACCCCAGUUUUAAGUCCCUCACUUCCUGACAUGUCUUUAUCUGCUCAUUCAGCUAUCCAAGCUAGUGGGUGGCGAAAGUUACCUCCUAAUCUGAGUCCUUCUUUAGAAUACAGUGAUGGGAGGCCAACUAAACGACAUGACAUAACUCGAUCUCACUCUGAGAGUCCUUCUAGGCUGCCAAUUAAUAGAUCAGGGACAUGGAAGCGUGAGCACAGUAAACAUUCCUCAUCCCUUCCUCGUGUAAGCACUUGGCGAAGGACUGGAAGUUCUUCCUCAAUUCUGUCAGCUUCUUCAGAAUCCAGUGAAAAGGCAAAAAGUGAGGAUGAAAAACAACAUGUAAGCGCUUUUUCUGGACUCAGGCAAACUAAAGAGAGCCAAGCACCUACAAAAGGUACUUGGAGAAAGAUAAAGGAAAAUGAAAUUCCUCAGAUAAUGACAAGUCCACCUCAGAAUACCUCAUCAUGUACUGCUAAUGGUACCGAUUCAAAAACUUUAAUUUACCAGAUGGCACCUGCUGUCUCCAAGACAGAGGAUGUGUGGGUGAGAAUCGAGGACUGUCCUAUUAAUAAUCCUAGAUCUGGAAAAUCUCCCACUGGAAACACUCCCCCCAUUAUUGACAGCCUUUCUGAGAAAGGUAAUGUGAAUAGUAAAGAGUCUAAAGAUCUUCAUGGAAAACAAAAUGCAGGGAAUGGAAAUGUUCCAGUUCGCACCAUGGGGUUAGAAAAUCGUCUAAAUUCUUAUAUUCAAGCAGAUAGUCCAGACAAGAAAGGUACUGAAGCAAAGCCUGUGCUAAGCAAUUCAAUUCCUGCCCCAGAGACUAGUGAAAACACUGUUAAUGAACGUACACCAUUCAGUUCCAGUAGCUCAAGUAAACACAGUUCUCCCAGUGGAGCUGUUGCAGCACGAGUGACUCCUUUCAACUAUAAUCCAAGCCCCAGGAAAAGCAGUGUGGAUAAUAGUUCUGUUCGGCCAUCACAGAUACCAACGCCAGUAAAUAACAGUACAAAAAAGCGAGAUUCAAAGACUGAAAGUACAGAUUCAAGUGGUGCUCAAAGUCCUAAACGCCAUUCUGGAUCGUACCUGGUGACGUCUGUUUAAUGAAAGAUUCUGAUGUGUUAUGCUAUAUGUGGAACUUUUUGAUGAAAUUAUACAUUUUUUGUGUGUUGUAAAUAGGUUUGAUUCUUGUAGAGGUCCUUGUUCUGGAAGCCAUAUUUGAUAUUCUUUGUCUUCACUGAUAAUAAUUGAGGGAUUCCCGAGUGAUAAUUUAGCAAUAAAAUUGCUAAAGUGAUUAUAUUUGUACAGUAUGUUUUACAUAUAUUUAAUUAACAACCCAUACCUUUAAUUGUUUUGGUGGGGUGGGGGGUUCAGGAGAUAUGAACAGAGAUUUAAAAAAUAAUACUAUUGCUGUAUUACUCAUUUCUAGAUUAGCAAAUUAACUAAAGUACAUCAGGGAGAAAUUGGUAUUUAUGCAAAAAUAAAAUAAAAUAAAAUACUCCAUCUUAGUAUUUGUGAAGCCACCUAACCUAAUGAUUAAUCAUGUGGCUGUGAAAUUCACAGUAAUAUGGUUUCUGCUGAACAAGCCUAUUUUUUCUGCAUGGAUAGAACUGAUGGUUCAUUUUCUGAAACAGUUAACAUUUCUGUGGUCACAUAACGUGCAUAGAUAGUUAUGGUGUAAUGAUUACCUUUUGGUUUUGUGCUCUGCAAAAAAGAAAAGAAAAAAGGCAAUCUGUGUAUGUGUAAACCUUGAACAAAAUUAUUUUACCAGAACUAGAUUCUAACAGACAGUAGGUAGGAUUUUUGCUAUGCUGUAACUUGUUGUAUAUUCUGGUAUUUGAGGUGAGAUGGCUGCUCUUUUAUUAAUGAGACAUAGGUGAGGUCUCAACAGAACUAAAUGGACAUUUCAGAAUAAAUUAUUACUGUAUGUACAUUCUGUUGUGUGUUGCUUUUGCAGUACAUAAGAAACUCAAUGUUUAAUUUUGGUAUUUUUGAGAAAUUCUCUUUGUAUAAUGUAGUAAUGCACUUACUCAAAAGGCUUGUUGGGGUUAAUCUAUAUUCCAUUGAAGUUGGUGGCAACAUUCCCAUAGAGUUUAAUGGAUCUAGAUUGCACCCAGAGCCUGUUACAGUCAUACACUGGUUCUUUUCCAGUUUAUAGUAGCUUUUAACAAACCCAUGUAACAGCUGCAGCAUUUGGAUAGAGCAUUGGCAUUUUCAGUUGAAAUAUUAAUUGGUUGCAGGUGCAGAAAGAGGCUAAAAGAAGUACUUCGAUAGUUUUCGUACUGCACAGCCUAGCGUGCUAUGCUUUGUACAAAUAAUUUUAGAAUUCCUGAAAGUGUGAGGGGAGUUGAGAUUGAAAACUUCAAUUAUUUUUAUUUGGUUUUAUUAAAAAUUUGGGUAUACACUAGAGACUAAUAUGCUAAAUUUAAGUGUCUUAGUAGAAAAUAAUAUUUGUACAUUAAGCCGCUCUGGAUAAACUAACUUUGUAUUCACGUAUGCUUUGACUUCAGAGACUUUCAUUAGACUGUUUACAACAGAAGUACUCUGCUAAACUUAAGUGCCUCAAUACAACAAUAGCAACAUGUGUGUGCACACGAUUAAUUAAGAUAGUAGUAAGCAAGUCAAGUGUACCUCAGGCUGGUUUUCGUUAUUACAGUCCUAAAAGUUAUUGGUAGUAGGGUUCAGAAUCCGCUUACGUAUGUCCUCAGAUAUGCCAGCUUAAUACAAGGCAAUGCUUCUCACUGUAUGGCACACUAUGCCAAGUGCUCUACUAUGACUUUUAUCUUUUCAAAAGAGACAUUAACCUACAUUAAGCAAAACUGGUGUUAACAGUAUGCAUAUUCAAACAAUUCAAUGGCCUGGUUUGCAUAUAUCACUAAACCAUGGUUUAUCAUUAUGAGGAUAAGUCACAGUGAGCCUUUGGCUGAUAUACUCCCCAUUUUCCUCUCCAGUGGUGCAGCUACACAGAGUUUGGAAACUUCUGCUUUGGUUUAAUCACAGGUUAGUGUUGCAUCGAAAUGCUAAAUUGUGAUUAAUGUUAACUAUGGUUAAUGAAACAAGCCAGUGUUGUUAAACUUUGAAACUGACUUGUUUCCAUGAGGCAUAAGUUAUAAAUGGUUGUUAUUUGUCUCAGUUUGGACAGUUAGCCUAAAGCUUCCAAAUUGCCUGAAAACAUGGUAUUGAUGUGGGGAGAGGUAGUAGCAUGUGCCUUCUAAUAUUAAACCACAGUUUAGGAUUAUGUGCAAACAUAGCCAUUAUGUUGUCACCUUUUUUAAAAUUUCCCCCUGCCAUUCCACUUGCUUAAAUAAUGCACAUCACAUAGAUGGAUUGGUCAGUCCAAUAAUGCUUUGAAAUUCCAGCUGCAAGGACAGAGUUAUUUGUAUAUUAUAAUAUUUAUAUCCCUGUUUAAUUAGCACUCUUAAGACCAUAAAAUAUGUUGGCUUCAUUGCAGGGUGUCUCUUAAAAGGUAUUGCAAGAAAAUAUACAACUCCCAAAUCCUGACUGUCUCUUAAAAAGAUUAUAUGUAUUCUAUACUUUGCCUUUUAACUGGGCAUAUUUAGUGGCAUACCAUAUUGGUAGAAUAUCUUAUGUGGACACGAGCCCCACCUUUCUGAAAUAUGGUAUUUGUUAUACAUUUAUGUAUAUGUUUCAAUGUACUUCAUGUACAGCAUCUAGUACAGGCAAAUAAACAGGAUCAGUAUUUGUUCAUCAGUAUAUAAUUCAUUCUGUCUCCCCUGCCUUAGCUGUUGCUUAAAAGAAAUGGCGAAUAACAGCUGGGGAAAGGCUUACCAAGGGGGUUGCAUGUAUGUACUAGUGUGUACACCUGCCAAGCUUUAAUAACAACUUGAUACCACUGAUGCUGUUAAAUUUGUACUUGCUGAUUACUGCUAUUUUUAUUUCUUCUGAAUUUAAUCACUCAUUUAUAAAAAUAAUGCACCACGCAAAACAAGUCAAGAAAUUAAGAAAUUUGUUCCAAUGAUUCUUCUGAAGUUUUUUGUUUGUUUCCCCAGUUCUGGUAAUGAAAAUUUUAUUGAUUUUCUCAACUUCCUCAAUCAUAUAUAAAGACCGAUGGCUUUUAUUAUUUUGAAAUAAAUCAUUUGAAAAACCUAAGUUUAUAUAAAAAAGCAACAACAAAAGCCCAGGAAAAACAAAUGUGCAAAUGGUUCCUUGUUUUGUUUUGUUUUGAAAUAAACAGCAUACUUUUUAUUUCCAAUGUAGGUGGCAUAUAAAGCUAUUUAUUUUAAGGCUGUGACCAUACUUGUAUUUUAGGCUUAUUAUUGCCCAUACCUUUCCUUUAAAGAGUACUCAUUGAAUUGUGAUCUUCAAUUUGUGUUUUCAAUUAAUUUAUUGUUUCCAUUUCUGUAUCUUUACCUUCUGUGAUAUGCUUUUUCUUAAACCUGUAAGUUGUUCAUUGCAGUUCAUUAUGUACUGACAAUGUAAAAGCUGAAUAUUCUGAUAAUUUUUUUAUAUCUGUGACAAACCAACCAUGACUUCAGAGAAAUGAGGUAGUCAUUUUCCAAGUAGUGUCUCUGACUAUUAAUAUGUUUGAGAAGCUUAACUUCCUUUGUAUAUUUUUAAUGUGUGAAAGCAAAAAAAUUAAAAUUUGAAAUUUUGUGUUUAACAGAUUCAUAACUGUAUAGUUGGAUAACUUCUUAAUUCCUCAAAGUUGCCAAUGGGUCUUGUAAAUUAAAAUACUCCAAAGUGAGCAUGUUCAAUCCCAAAUUCAGUCUCUGUGUGCAUGCACUUCAUGUAAAUAUACAGCUACCAUUACAAAUAUAUAUAUUUAUAUAGGUGUAUUCCUAUUAAGGUAGUUGUAUUCUUCAUUAUGCCAGAUUGACAGGUAAUUGCAAAUUCAUGAUGAGCUAGAUGUGGUUCUCCUACUAACUAUAGCUAUCUGCAAGAACUGAUAUUUUUGAAUAGGCUUAGAAUACAUAGAAUGGGAAGUAUUUCAGGGCUUGUCCUAAUCUUUGAGUUAAUAUUUAUUUUAUGUUAUCUAUAUUAGCUGUUGUGUUGAGCAUAUUUAACUGUGCCAUUCUAGGCUGACAUAGCUGAUGGGCCUGAAUUUGAGACUGCAUGGGAGAAAGAAGGGACUCUGGAUGUAGUGGAUCCAAUGGUAUCCCCAGCCCUACCCUGGAAUACCUUGUUUUGGUGCCUACUGCAAGUAGAAGCACUUCCGGCAGUACAUGUACACUUCUGGAGCUUUCUGUGGUUGUACUGCAGUCCUUCAUGGCAUGUCUUCCCACCCCAGCCUUCACUAGUAGAACUGUUGGUGAUCUCUCUCCAGCCAGUGGAUCUACAGGUUAGCGUAGCACAGUGAAUUAGUUGUUCAUUAGGUCGGGGUAGACAACUCCUGGGAGUCCAGGGAAGGUGUUUCUUCUUCAGAACACUGCAGAGACUGCAUUCCCACCACCCAGUGCCCACCAGAAAGGGCAUGUUUCAAAGCUAAAUAAGUUUUCUUCACCAUCAUUUUGUCUCCAAAUUUUGGCAGCAACCCAGUUUGUUUGUUUGUUGCUGUUGCAAAUACAACAACGGGGCUAAUGGGGGCUGCACAGAAAGGGAGAGGGGAUGUGUAUUGCCCAAUUCUGAUUUAAUUCCAUUUAUUUCAAUGGGCUGAAGUAUGGUUAACUGUUUAGUUUAAAUAGGGUUAAAGUAUGAAUAACUUGGAUGAAAAUGUGUGUCUUGAAUAAAAUGCUUUUUCUAAUGUA